AUGUUCUCCUGCUUCUACUCACAUUGCAUUAGUUCCUGUGUCUUAGCUGGACCAAUUAUUGUGGAACCAUAUAUCACAGCAGUGUGGGGAAAGAAUGUUUCAUUGAGGUGUAUAAUUGAAGUAAAUGAAACAAUAACACAAGUUUCGUGGGAGAAGAUUCAAGGCAAAAGUUCACAUACUGUUGCAGUUCAUCAUCCUCAAUAUGGGUUCUCUGUUCAAGAGGCCUAUCAAGGGAGAGUCUUAUUUAAAAAUCAUUCACUUAAUGAUGCAACAAUUGUUCUCCACAACAUAGACUUCUCUGAUUCUGGGGAAUAUAUAUGCAAAGCUGUUACAUUCCCAUUAGGAAAUGCACAGUCAUCUACAACUGUAACCGUACUAGUUGAACCUACUGUGAGCUUAAAAAAGGGACCAUACCCUUUAAUUGAUGGUGGAAAUGAAACAGUAGCAGCCAUUUGUACAGCAGCCACCGGAAAACCAGUUGCACAGAUUGAAUGGGAAGGUGAUCUUGGUGAAAUGGAAUCCACUGUAACUUCUUUUCCAAAUGAGACAAUGACAAUUGUAAGCCAAUACAAGCUUAUUCCAACCAAAUUUGCUCGAGGAAGACGUAUAACUUGUGUUGUGAGGCAUCCUGCUUUGGAAAAGGAAAUUCGAUAUUCUUUUAUGUUGGAUAUACUAUAUGCCCCUGAAGUUUCAGUCACAGGGUAUGAUGGGAAUUGGUUUGUUGGAAGGAUGAAUGUUAAUCUCAGGUGUAAUGCUGAUGCAAAUCCACCACCGUCACAAUCUAAAUGGAGCAGAUUGGAUGGGCAGUGGCCUGAAGGUUUAGAGACUUCGGAGAAUACCCUGUAUUUUCUCAAUCCAUUGACUUACAAUUACUCCGGUGUUUAUAUCUGUAAGGUUACAAAUUCCCUUGGCCAACGAAGUGCCCAAAAGAUCAUCUACAUAUUAGAUGUUCCAUUUAAGCAGACCUCUUCCAUAGCUGUAGCUGGAGCAGUCAUUGGAGCUGUCCUUGCUCUCUUUAUCAUUACUAUCUUUGUGACUGUGCUGCUGACUCCUCGGAAAAAGAGACCAUCAUAUCUUGACAAAGUGAUUGAUCUUCCACCCACACAUAAACCACCUCCUGUGUAUGAAGAAAGAUCCCUCCCUGUGCCUCAAAAUGAAAUCACACAUCAGAGAGAACACUUUCCUUUGCAGAGUCAGUACAAAGAAAGAGAAGUAGGCAGCUUUCAGCAUACUACUGUGGUAAAUGGCAGACAGUUGGACUAUGAAGAUGAACAUCCAGAAGGGGAAGACAGGCUUCCGCAGAUGUAUCCUCUUUACAGUCAGACGUGUUACAAAGACUGGAGCUGUGACAAACAUCAGCAAAACUCAGACCCUGGAAGAUCAUACAUCAACCCCCGAGAACAUUACGUGUAAUUAUGGACAUCUUGACAAAAGGCUUUUUUUUUUUUUUUUUUACUGGGGAAAGACCACGCUGAGCAGUGUAUCUCUUAGCUCUGACUUUCCUAGGGGCUGGACCAAGUGCUUCUGGAGUUUUGAUGAAUGACUUACAGUUGAUUGGCUAGUCUCUAGCCUUAAAUGAUUUUCUGAACUACUGCGUAUAUCUGUGAAUUUGAGUAUAGCUCUGUGUGUGUGUGUGUUCCAUUAAAAAAAAAAAAACCUACUAACAUUUGGCCUGCAAUGGCAUUUUCAUUUAAAAUUCCAGUGUGUGCCUGUGAUAGCUGCUGUGAGUCUCCAGAAAUAGAGCCCCAGCUGGCUACACUAUCCUCCCUGGGUUUCAGGCCUGCCAGCCUAUUCAUCUGUAAUUCAAACGUGCAGAAAAUGAGUUUAGAAUCCAUUCCACUAAUUAUUUCUCUGGGAUUUGUCUUUCCCUGACAUGCUUAAUAAAAUUACAAUACCUGUGUACAAAUAGAGACCUAAGCAAAGAGGUAUAAUUUGCUCUGUAUGGGGAAAAAACCCAGUAACAACAACAAAAUAAAGAGAGAGGGAAGGAGGGAGGGAGACACACAUACAGAGAGAGAG